AGAACCUCGACCCAUCAAACGCCUCACUGACGGCAAGCAAACCUGCAUCGCGCAACCAACAAACGCCAGUAUAUACGGCGCAACAGUCGUCGCUGCUGUCGCACCUAAGGGACAAACACUUCUCACCCUUUCCUCCCCCUCUUAGCGCGCCCAUCGACCCUUUCGAUAGCCGUCUGCUACACAAGCACAACCCUGAGUCGAAGAUUAUCAUCCACCACCACAUACCUGACACACCCGACCCCUCGGUAUCGAGACACGUAACCCGGCCUAGGCUUUCCAUCAGUCCGAUACACAGACAGGCAAAAUGGCAGCACGAAAACUGCAACAAGAAGUCGACAAGUGCUUCAAGAAGGUGGCCGAAGGCGUGGCCGAGUUCGAGGCCAUCUACGAGAAGAUUGAGCAGUCCAACAACAUCUCCCAAAAAGAGAAGCUGGAGGACAACCUCAAGCGCGAAAUUAAGAAGCUACAGAGACAACGCGAUCAGAUCAAGACAUGGGCGGCAAGCAAUGAUAUCAAGGACAAGGCUCCUUUACUGGAGCACCGUCGACUGAUCGAGACGCAAAUGGAAAAGUUCAAGGCAGUCGAGAAGGCCAUGAAGACUAAGGCAUACUCCAAGGAAGGGUUGGCCUCUUCAGCAAAGCUCGACCCCCAAGAACAGGCAAAGGCGGAGGCAAGCGAUUUCCUCAACAACAUGGUGGACGAGCUGGAGCAACAAAUCGAGACCCUCGAAGCCGAAGCCGAGGCGAUACAGGCCACCAUGAAGAAGGGCAAGACCCAGACUGCCAAGGCGGAACGAAUGGCCGAGAUCGAGCGCAUCAUCGAACGUCACAAAUGGCAUCAGGGCAAGCUCGAGCUCAUCCGGAGGUCUCUGGAGAACGGCGGAGUCGACACGGAUCAGGUCACCGACCUCGAGGAGACGAUUCGAUACUAUGUCUCAGAUGGCAUGAACGACGAUUUCGUUGAGGACGAAGAGAUGUACGAAGAGCUCAACCUGGAUGAGGAGGAGGGCGUAUAUGGCGUUCCUCAGGACGGCGACAAAGGCUCGUCGCAAGACACCCAAUCCUUGGCGGAAGAACCGACACCGGAACCCGAGGUCAUUAAACCUCCUCCGAAGCCGAAGGCGGUGGCGGAAGCAUCGGCAUCAGGACGGAGGUCCAGUGCGCAGUCCAAGUCCCCUCUACCAGCGCUGGCAACCUUGCAUACGCCAUUACAGACCAUCAGUAGUAAUGGAGCUGCGAAUGGCCCGACCAUGAAACCCGCAUCCGUCCCCACAAGACCUGCCGAGGGCCUCAAAUACGCAUCUGCGGCAGCGGCCGCGGCGGCAUCAGACAAGAUUGGCAUUUCUCCCUUGCCACCUCCGCCGGGCGCCGCACCCAUUACGACAGGAACUCCAGCCACACAAUCGAAGAGCAGUGCGGCAGGGUCCCCUGCAACGACGCCGGCACACCCUGUUGCGGCCAAGGAACCAGAACCCAAACCCCAGUCCGCAGCGGCCUCGAGCAUCGCAAGCGAGCCCCAGGCGACGAUUGCGAAGCCGACACCGGCCCAGACCAAGGCAGAAAAACGUGCACUCAAGAACCAGGCCGCGGUAGAGGCAUCGGCAGCAGCCAAGGCAUCUCAAACAAACGGCACCACGAAUGGAGUCAAGCCAGCUGUCGGGGAGGAGGAAGAGGAGGAAGAGUCAAUUUACCACCUUCCUUCGUCUCUGCAAGACCUCGUCGAGUCUUUCGAGGCAUCUCGCAAGCGGCCAGCGCCCUUCUCUUCGCCCUCGACGCAGCGUAUGCUUCAGGCAAGUCAGGCCAUGUGUCCCGACAUCAUGGACACGGACGUGCCCAGGACAUACCGUCCCGAGCUGCGUCUGAACUCGAGCGCCGCGGGCUUUCCUCAAGAGCCGCUAGCUUUGUUCGACGACCCGCGACUAUACUCGCGUAUCGACCCCGACACACUCUUCUACGUAUUCUACUACAAGCAGGGCACUCCUCAGCAAUACCUGGCUGCCAAGGCACUGAAGGACCAGAGCUGGAGAUUCCACAAGCAGUACCAGACCUGGUUCCAGCGUCACGAGGAGCCCAAGAACAUCACCGAGGAGUUUGAGCAGGGCACGUACCGCUUCUUCGACUACGAGAGCACUUGGAUGAACCGCAGAAAGGCGGACUUCAAAUUUGCGUACAAAUUCCUAGAGGACGAUGUAUGAAUAGGCGGCACGGGUCACAGGGUUUCAUGCCAGGCGUAGCCUCGGAUUGGGAUGGGGGGCCUCGAACCAUCGGUAUCGGGAGGAACGGCGUUGCCUCAUUUUGCGGAAACAUACCGCCAGGGUCGAUCUGGCUUAUGUUUGUUGAAGUACACUGACCAUUGACUGGCCAUGAACGAGGAGGCGGAAGGCCGACUCGAUUCGGCAUUUGCACAUGA